AUGAGCGCUGAUCUGGAGAGCGUUUCGCUCAACACGUCGUUGAACUCGAUUUGCUUGGGCGGCCGUUCGCUCUCGGCAAACGUCCGAAGGCUACAUAACGCUCUUAACCUUCUGCUCAAUGACCUGGAGAGAGAACAGUUUAUCCACUGUCUCAAUGUUUACCACGCCAAGCGCAACGUCUUCGACUUGGUCCAAACUCUUAAAGUGAUUCUCAACACGCCAGGCAAACGCCAGCUCCUGCCCAUGUUGCGCCUGGUCAUCCCGAGGUCCGACCAGUUGCUGUUCGAUCAGUACACGUCCGAGGGACUCUAUCUGAAGUCGGAUCUGCUACCCAGCAACGACGCGGAGGGUUUUGUGCACGAGGGAGAGUCAGCUCUGCAAAAAUAUGCCAGUUCUACCCAUGAGCAGCCCCUCGCAUCGGGCUGCCCGGACGGUUUCAGUGCAGCCGCUGAACUCUCGGCUUGCAUGGUCUCAGCGUUCUGUGAGGGCCCCUGUGGAGAGAUGCGCAAAGUUACCCUGACACGCUCCAGGAACCACGAAGGUCUGGGCUUCAGCAUUCGCGGGGGUUCAGAGCACGGCGUGGGGAUCUAUGUUAGCCUAGUAGAGCCGGGCUCAUCGGCUGAGAGGGAAGGACUAAGAGUCGGGGACCAGAUAGUGGCCGCUAAUGACACAGUGUUUGAGAAUACUACUCACGAAGAGGCGGUGAAGGUGCUAAAAGGAUGCAAGACGCUGAACAUGUCUGUGUGUUCUAUGGGACGGAUUCCUGGAGGCUACAUCACCAAUAAUCUGUAUACCUGGGUGGACCCACAAGGCCGGAGUGUCUCCCCACCACAUGAUAACCAGGAGGUCAAUCAGAGGCAAGGGCAUAGCACGGAGGAGAGAAUGGUGAACCUGAAUAUGGAAGAUGGUCGCUCUUUGGGUCUAAUGAUCAGGGGUGGUGCUGAGUAUGGACUGGGGAUCUACAUUACUGGGGUGGACCCUGGAUCUGCUGCAGAUGUUGGUGAACUAAAGGUGGGUGAUCAGAUAUUGGAAGUGAAUGGUCAGAGCUUUGUGACCAUCUCCCACGAUGAGGCAGUUCAUAUCCUGAAAAGAGGGCGCCACUUGCUGAUAAAAGUGGUGGAUGUGGGUCGCCUGCCUCAUGCACGCACAGCGGUAGAUGAGUCCAAAUGGAUCUGCAGUCAUGCCAUAGUUGAGACCAGUACUACAGCUAACCCCAAUUCCAUCCACAACGCCACUGUCAGUGGUGGUAUCCAUGCUAGUGUCAGUCCCAGUAAUUGUAGUACAAGACCAUCUUCAGCCAGAGCUACACCUGUAUUAGGAAAGCCAGCAGGUGUGGGCCCACCCGGUGCUCAGGUGUCUCUGGAGCAGCAGGCCUACAUGUUGUUGACAGAACCAGAAAGGCAAACCAUGAACUACUACCUACAGGAGUAUCAGGAAGGACAUAUAGGAGUGGAGCCUCUGGCCAUGGCUCUCUUUGAGCUUUUCAAUACACAUGCAAAGUUGUCUAUGUUGUCGGAGGUGAGGAGUCUGAUGGUGCCACAGGAUCUGGAGUUGUACGAUAGGCUGGUGUUGCACCGUGAGAGGGAGGCUCAUAAAUCUUGGCAUGGAGGCCUAGGAGCGCUGGAUCCUCAGGACCAUUGUAACCAUACAGCACCUAUGAUCCAUGAUGCGGGACAAACUGCCCCCGCUAUGGAUGAAAAACAGGCAUUGGGUGAAUCACCUCCACCCUUCAGAGCUCCUUCUAUCCAGACCCAAAGAAGGCCAUCCAGGGAGAAAGAGCUCAGUUGGAAGCCUUCAGCCAGAGUGCUGCAGCCCAUUUCCAGACUGCUCUUCACUGGCCCCACCCAUUCACUUCAGGACUGCUUCCAUAAACCUAUCAAAUCCCUUCCCACCACCCACAACCCAACACCAGACUCUCCCCAUCGCACCUGCCCUGGUGGCACCUACUACACUUCCCUCAGUGCCCUCCAUCACACCUGCCAGAGUUCCCUCCAUCUCUUUGACUCGGAACACCACAAUGAUCACCAUGUCCACCACCAUGCAGUCCACCAUAACCAGCCCAGUUCAGGACACCACACCUGCCCAGGCUUCCUGCACUUCCGGGACUCCACCAGUCCUGCCAAACCGGAGGCAUCCGUCAAACUUUCUUCUUGGUCCAGCUCUUUUGAAAAGUCCUCUGUCUUGUCAAAGUCUGCAGCCUCAUCCAAAGCAGCAUCUCCCUUGCCAUCCCCGCAUCCAUCACCCCAUCCCUCACCAUGUCCCUCCCCCUGCCCCUCUCUCAUCACACAUGCUGCUCCUCCCUGUAGUCUUGACCAACCCAGUUCACCUGCCCUCACACAGAAAUUCACUGUAAUAGACAUGAACCGGCUAUCAGCAGAUGCCAGACCACAGCAAAGAGGGACAACCCUCUCCCAGUUGUCAGACAGUGGCCAGACUCUGAGUGAGGACAGUGGGGUGGAUAUAGCAGAGGGAGGAGGCUUCAGUAAGGACGGCAGCCCACGACCCACCAAAACCCUGCAGAGACAUCUGGAACAGUCAGGGUCCCAUGCACGCCCUCCAGAGAUUGCCAGACAACUGUCUGCCUCACCCAUACCAGCACCCACUGCUAUCCUGGUAAGAGUGUUAAAAAAUGCAAACGCUCUGGGCAUCGCAAUAGAGGGUGGAGCAAAUACACGCCAACCUUUGCCCCGCAUAGUCACCAUUCAGAAAGGAGGCUCAGCUCAUAACUGUGGCCAGCUGAAGAUUGGCCAGGUCAUUCUGGAAAUCAAUGGCAUCCCCUUGAGAGGUCGGGAACACAAAGAUGCUGCCAGAAUCAUCGCUGAGGCUUUUAAGACAAAAGAAAAGGAUCACAUUGACUUCCUGGUAGUAGAACCAGGAGUCUAGUAAGGGGAUUUUGCACUUAAUGCAGCAUGGUUAAAGAAAACACUGGUUUACCAUUGUAAAGGUUGCUAAACUCCACAUGGUGUUCUACAAUCAUGGCCCUUAUUUUAUUUUCAGGGAAAAGAUCAGUGGAAUGAUGUGUCAGGUAUUUGUUAAUAAAACUACAGAAAUUUUCACAAU